AUGGGCAGGGUUUCCUUCAACGUUCGAGUCGGCUCAGUCCGGAGACCCCGAUUUCCUUGCCAGGGGCUGUGCCGCCUCUCCUGCAGAGUCCCUGCUCCGCCCGGCGCCUUCCACGCAUCUAGAGGACUUGGCUACGCGCGGGCAACGGGGUAGGCUGCAGAGGGAGCCGUCCGAACCAGUCCCUCGGGGAUCCCCGGCCUCCUCCGCGCGCCAGCGUCGCAGGCGCCGCUCAGCUGGAAGGACUGCGCUGCAGCCUCGCCUGCCUCAGAAGUCUUGGGAGCUGAUGACAAUAAAAUGGGUGACGGCUGCUCUCCAAAGUUGGCAACAACUAGUCUUCUCCGUUUCCUAUUGCUGGUCCUGAUUCCAUGUAUCUGUGCUCUUGUUGUCCUGCUGGUGAUCCUACUUUCCUUUGUUGGAACAUUAAAAAAGGCCUAUUUUAAAUCAAAUGAGAGUGAACUUUUGAUCACUGAUGGUGAAAUCCAAGGGUCUGAUAUUAUUCUUACAAAUACAAUACAUGACAAGAGCACUGUGGCAUCUACUGAUCAUCACACCCAACCCAUUCCAGCCUGGACCACAGAUGCUUCUCUCCCGGGGAACCAAAGUCACAGGAAUGCAAGUGCCUGCAUGAACAUCACCCACAGCCAAUGUCAGAUGCUGCCCUACCAUGCCACACUGACACCUCUCGCCUCAGUUAUCAAAAACAUGGACAUGGAGAAGUUCCUCAAGUUCUUCAUGUACCUCCAUCGCCUCAGUUGCUAUCAACACAUCAUGUUAUUUGGCUGUAGCAUUGCCUUCCCUGAGUGCAUCAUCGAUGCUGAUGACAGUCGUGAACUCCUGCCCUGUAGGUCUUUCUGUGAGGCUGCAAAAGAAGGCUGUGAAUCAGUCCUGGAGAUGGUGAAUUACUCCUGGCCCGAUUUCCUCAAAUGCUCUCAGUUUAGAAACCAAACCGAAAACAGCAAUGUCAGCAGGAUUUGUUUCUCACCACAGGAGGAAAAAGGUAAGCAAUUGCUCUGCGAUGGGGGCAAGGGCUUUCUGUGUGCCAGUGGAAUCUGCAUCCCCAGGAAACUGCAGUGUAAUGGCUACAAUGACUGUGACGACUGGAGCGACGAGGCUCACUGCAACUGCAGUGAGAAUCUGUUUCACUGUCACACAGGAAAGUGCCUUAAUUACAGCCUUGUGUGUGAUGGAUAUGAUGACUGUGGGGAUCUGAGUGAUGAACAAAACUGCGAUUGCCAUCCCGCCACGGAGCAUCGCUGCAGUGAUGGGCGCUGCAUCCCGACGGAGUGGGUAUGUGAUGGUGACCAUGACUGUGUGGACAAGUCCGACGAGGUCAAUUGCUCUUGUCACAGCCAGGGUCUGGUGGAAUGCAGAAAUGGACAGUGUAUCCCCAGUACUUUCCAGUGUGAUGGCGACGAGGACUGUGAGGACGGGAGUGAUGAGGACCGCUGCAGUGACGGUCAGACUCCAUGUCACGAAGGAAACCAAAGAUGCCUCUACAAUUCCUGCCUCGAAUCAUGUGGUGGUAGCUCUCUGUGUGACCCUAACAACAGUCUGAAUAACUGUAGUCAAUGUGAACCAAUUACACUGGAACUCUGCAUGAACUUGCCCUACAACCAUACAAAUUAUCCAAAUUACCUUGGCCAUGAGACUCAAAAGGAAGCAUCCAUCAGCUGGGAGUCCUCUCUCUUCCCUGCUCUUGUUCAAACCAACUGUUACAAGUAUCUCAUGUUCUUUGCUUGCACCAUUUUGGUACCAAAGUGUGAUGUGAACACAGGCCAGCGUAUCCCCCCUUGCAGAAUACUGUGUGAGCACUCCAAAGAACACUGUGAGUCUGUGCUUGGGAUCGUGGGUCUACAGUGGCCUGAAGACACAGAUUGUGAUCAAUUUCCAGAGGAAAAUUCAGACAAUCAAACCUGCCUAAUGCCUGAUAAAGACGUGGAAGAAUGCUCACCUAGUCACUUCAAGUGCCGCUCGGGACGGUGUGUUCUGGCCUCCAGAAGAUGUGACGGCCAGGCUGAUUGUGCUGAUGACAGUGAUGAAGAAAACUGUGGUUGUAAAGAGAGAGAUCUUUGGGAAUGUCCAUCCAAUAAACAAUGUUUGAAGCAGACAGUGAUCUGUGAUGGGUUUCCAGAUUGCCCUGAUAACAUGGAUGAAAAAAACUGCUCAUUUUGCCAAGAUGAUGAGCUGGAAUGUGCAAACCAUGCGUGUGUGUCACGGGAUCUGUGGUGCGAUGGUGAGGCAGACUGCUCAGACAGCUCGGAUGAAUGGGACUGUGUGACCCUCUCUAAAAAUGCGAACUCCUCUUCAUUACUGACUGUUCACAGAUCUGCCACAGAACACCAUGUGUGUGCUGAUGGCUGGCAGGAGAUGUUGAGUCAGCUGGCCUGCAAGCAGAUGGGUUUAGGAGAACCAUCUGUGACCAAAUUGAUACAGGAACAGGAGCAAGACCAGCAAUGGCUGUCGUUACACUCUGAGUGGGAAAGCCUCAGUGGGACCACUUUGCACAAACUGCUGGUAAAUGGGCAGUCUUGUCAGAGCAGAAGUAAGGUUUCUCUACUGUGUACUAAACAAGACUGUGGGCGCCGCCCUGCUGCCCGAAUGAACAAGAGGAUCCUCGGGGGUCGGACGAGUCGCCCAGGAAGGUGGCCGUGGCAGUGUUCUCUGCAGAGUGAACCCAGUGGGCACAUUUGUGGCUGUGUCCUCAUUGCCAAGAAGUGGGUUCUGACAGUCGCCCACUGCUUUGAGGGGAGAGAGAAUGCUGCCAUUUGGAAAGUGGUUCUGGGCAUCAACAACCUAGACCACCCUUCGGUGUUUAUGCAGAUGCGCUUGGUGAAGACCAUCAUCCUGCACCCUCGCUAUAGUCGAGCAGUGGUGGACUAUGACAUCAGCAUUGUCGAGCUAAGUGAAGACAUCAAUGAGACAAGCUAUGUCCGGCCCGUCUGCUUGCCCAGCCCGGAGCAGUCAGUAGAGCCUGAUACAUACUGUUACAUCACAGGAUGGGGCCACAUGGGCAACAAAAUGCCUUUUAAGCUGCAAGAGGGAGAGGUCCGCAUUAUCUCUCCAGAGCAGUGUCAGUCCUACUUUGACGUGAAGACCAUCACCACCCGGAUGAUAUGUGCGGGAUAUGAGUUUGGCACAGUUGACUCAUGCAUGGGUGACAGCGGUGGGCCUCUUGUUUGUGAGCAGCGUGGAGGACAGUGGAUAUUAUUUGGUUUAACUUCAUGGGGCUCCGUCUGCUUUUCCAAACUCCUGGGGCCUGGAGUUUAUAGCAAUGUGUCAUACUUCGUCGAAUGGAUUGAAAGACAAAUAUAUAUCCAGACCUUUCUCCUAAACUAA